GACGGGAUGCGGGUCGGUCCCGUGCGCUCUGCCAUGAGCGGUGUCUCGCAGCCCCGCGCUCCGGCCUUGCUGCUCCCGGUCGGCCGGGGCGCCCCAGCCAAACGCCUGCUGGACGCGGACGACGCGGCGGCCGUGGCGGCCAAGUGCCCACGUCUCUCCGAGUGCUCUAGCCCCCCGGACUACCUCAGCCCUCCCGGCUCUCCCUGCAGCCCGCAGCCUCCGCCCGCCGCUCCGGGGGCUGGCGGCGGCUCCGGGAGCGCGCCGGGGCCCAGCCGCAUCGCCGACUACCUGCUGCUGCCCCUGGCCGAGCGCGAGCAUGUGUCCCGGGCGCUGUGCCUCCACACCGGCCGCGAGCUGCGCUGCAAGGUGUUUCCCAUUAAACACUACCAGGACAGAAUCCGGCCUUACAUCCAGCUGCCCUCACACAGGAACAUCACUGGCAUUGUGGAAGUGAUCCUUGGGGAAACCAAAGCCUAUGUCUUCUUUGAGAGGGACUUUGGGGACAUGCACUCCUACGUGCGCAGCCGGAAGAGGCUGCGGGAAGAGGAGGCUGCCCGGCUCUUCAAGCAGAUCGUCUCUGCCGUUGCCCACUGCCACCAGUCAGCCAUCGUGCUGGGGGACCUAAAGCUUAGGAAAUUUGUCUUCUCCACGGAGGAGAGAACCCAGCUCAGACUGGAAAGUCUAGAAGAUACACACAUAAUUAAGGGAGAAGAUGAUGCUUUGUCAGACAAACACGGCUGCCCAGCCUACGUGAGCCCCGAGAUCCUCAACACCACAGGGACCUACUCCGGAAAGGCGGCGGACGUUUGGAGCCUCGGGGUGAUGCUCUACACCCUUUUGGUGGGACGCUACCCCUUCCAUGACUCAGACCCCAGUGCCCUUUUCUCCAAAAUCCGACGUGGACAGUUCUGCAUUCCUGACCACAUUUCCCCCAAAGCCAGGUGCCUCAUUCGCAGCCUCCUGAGACGGGAGCCUUCAGAAAGACUCACUGCUCCAGAGAUCUUACUCCAUCCCUGGUUCGAGUCUGUCUUGGAACCUGGGUACGUCCACUCAGAAAUAGGAACUUCCGACCAGAUUGUUCCAGAGUACCGGGAGGACAGUGACAUCAGUUCCUUCUUCUGCUAAUCCCCAAACCUCAGAAACCUCGUAAUUCUCACACAUGGCAUUUCCAUUUCUAAAGAUGGACAGGCCUUUCGGCGUCUGGCCAGCCAGACACGUGAUGGCAUAAAGACUGUCGCUGCUGGAUUCAACAUGGCGCCCUCUUUCGUAUCUGUCCUGAUGAGUGACUGUGGAGGAGAGCAGCGUACACUCUGAUUGCCUGCCCUGCAGAGUUGUUUCCCUUAACGAACCUUCGCCAACUGUCCCUCUGUCAGAUUUGGGGGUCCCGCAUCUUUUAUAGGUGGCAAGGAGUAUGGAUAUCCUACAGCAUGUGAUCAAGUGAAAUGAACAUUCUAAAGGGAGAGGAAAUGAAUCGCACAAUGGCAUUUUGGGCGAUAACCAUAUUUUUAACAGGGUGACAAAUAAUUUGGGCCAAUAAACCUGCCAUCUUCGAACUUGUCUUUGGUAGCCAGACUUUUGCUACCCUAGCUUCUCUGAUCGGAAAGCUGUUUUUUUCUGGUUUGGUUUAACACUCACCCUUUCUUCAUCUUUUCGGAGCAGACUGUUUCCAGGGCCUAGGAGCCUGCCUGAACCAUGAACCCAGAAUUUCUCCUCCAUUCCCUGCCAAGACCUCAUUUGCACUAAUGCCUUCUUUCUGACCUUGAAAUGCGCUCUCCCACCCCUUCACUAUAAAAGCACUUACCAGCUAACUGUGGAAAAGUAUCAUAAAAGAUUCAAACUCCUGGCUAUUUUAGAACUCUGAGCUCAGACAGAGAGACUGGAGACUUUUAACAAGGAUUUGAGCACUUGGAAACCAUUAGCUUUCUUGGUUCCCCUCAAAUAUGUUAGCAUUUAUCCUUUACUUUUUUCCCCAAGACCAUCUCAGGGUGGAGCAUUUUGUCUAGGAGGAGAAGAUAAGAAGGCUCUCCACUCCCUCUCCCAAGAGCAAAUGUUAAACAUCUUUUUGCUUCAGAGAAAGUGAAUUUUGGGUAGUCUUAGAUGGUUCUCAGACUAACUUCCAGAAUUAUACUUUAACCACCCCCAUGGGUAUGGUCUGCAGUUUUGCAUGACAGGUGGUUAAUAUUUCAGAUGUGGUGUGGUUUAUGAAUACAUCUGUAUCAUCAGUAUCUGGGAUGAAAUAGCAAGCCCCAAAUCUUUAAACUUGAAAGGGACGUUAAAAGUCAUCUGGUCCAACUUCUUUUGUUUCUCUGCCACCUCCCAAUGCAGAAAUCCGCCCCCCCCACCACACAGCUUCUUUCACAGGUGGGUCUGCAACCUCUGUUUGAAUGCUUCCAGAGAUGGGAACUCACUACCUACAAAAGAUAGAGCUUAACAAAGAAACUGCAACUUGCAUUAAAAAAACAAGUACAGAUGAAAUAUCAGUAAAUGUCUCAGACAGUGCUGAAAUCAGGUGAUUAAACGGGUAAACCAAACAUACUGUAUUUUGAGAAAUGGCACAAAAACAGGCAGUCACUUUUAAGGGCUACGCCUAGGCAAACUACUAACAUGCAUUGUGAGAAUACCGUGUAUACCUCACGUACUGUGUACUUUGUACAUAUAGUGUACCUUUUAUACAUAUGUCCGAUUUUUUUUGUUGUUGUUUUGGCUCUGACGCUUGUUCUGUUGUCUGUGUCUGUCUGAAUAACCUGCGUGUCUAAGACCACGUGAAAUGUGAAUGAUCAUUGGCAAUAUUACCUUGACAGAAUCAUGGGACUUGGAGAAGAGGGAGGACAGAAGCCUCUGUCCCACUAACGCUCUCGUGGUUGCUUGAAUGUUGUAUCUGUGAUACAUGACCCGGCUAAGGACUCUGGGCUGGCUGGGGCUUCGAAACACUAGAUCCUUCCUGUACAUGUGUAUAUAUGUGAGACGGCUGUUUCUGACUUGUAGAGAAAUUUUAAUAAAUCUGGUUUCGUAAAUA